UUGUCAAUGUCAAUUAGACAAAUUAUAAAUUGGAUGUGGGAAUGAGAAUUGAAAUGUAUUGGUGUGAUUAAAAUAUUGAUUCAAAAAGAAAUCAAGAAGGACUUUCCAUAAUUACGAUUACUAUAUAUUAAAUUGUCUGUGUUUUAGUGAUUUGAUAAGUUUUUCUAUCUUGUGAUCAAAGUUGCAGUAACGGACCAAAGAUUGCUGAUAUAACGAUAAGCUGACGACACAACCAUGGCUUUCGCUGGGCUCAAGAAACAGAUCAAUAAAGCUAAUCAGUAUGUCACAGAAAAGAUGGGUGGUGCCGAAGGCACAAAACUUGAUUUGGACUUCGUGGAAAUGGAGAGAAAAACGGACGUAACGUGCGAGCUCGUCGAAGAAUUACAAAUAAAAACCAAAGAGUUCCUGCAGCCAAAUCCCACAGCGCGCGCCAAGAUGGCUGCCGUGAAGGGGAUCAGUAAACUGAGCGGACAGGCCAAGAGUAACACUUACCCGCAACCAGAGGGCGUCUUGGGAGACUGUAUGCUGCUGUAUGGGAAGAAGCUUGGAGAAGAUACUGUAUUCUCACAAUGCAUGAUCGAAAUGGGAGAGGCGCUAAAGCAAAUGGCAGACGUGAAGUAUUCCCUGGACGACAACAUCAAGCAGAGCUUCCUCGAGCCCCUGCAUCAUCUGCAAACCAAAGACCUGAAGGAGGUUAUGCACCACCGAAAGAAAUUGCAGGGACGUAGGCUUGACUUUGAUUGCAAACGGCGAAGACAGGCAAAAGGCAUCCUAAAGAGCCCCUAUUCGAGUCCAAGCCAUGGCUCAAUUCCGAAGCAGGACGAUGAGAUACGGCAGGCGGAGGAGAAGUUCGCUGAAUCCUUGACGCUGGCUCAGAUCGGCAUGUUCAACUUACUUGACAACGAUGUAGAGCAGGUGGCGCAGUUGAGUUUCUUCGCGGAGGGCCUCUUGGAGUACCACCAACAGUGCACAGAGAUCUUGAAAGGUCUUGUCUCGACUCUCAUGGAGAAGAAAGAAGAAGCCGUUAACCGCCCCAAGAUGGAGUUCGUUCCGAAGACCCUGGCCGAUCUGCACAUCGAAGGCAUCCACGACCUCAACCAUGGUAGGCGCUACGGCUCCACGCAAAGCCUCCCCCGCGCGCGCCUCCCCCCUACCUCCUCCCUAGGCGACCUCCCCACCACCGACCCCCUACGAGCGUGGGAGACCUCCCGAAGCCCCCCCAACCCUCGCGAAGGCCUCCGACCAGCCCCCGCACCUGGGUUUAAACCACACCCAGCACCACGAUUAACUAACGGAAGAGAUCCUUGGACAGCAUCUCCGCUGCCGUCACCAGUGAAGUCUCCCGCGCGGACUCCCAUGGCCCCACCCGCCAAGGGCCCCUGCUGCACUGCACUCUACGAUUUUGAUCCGGAGAACCAAGGCGAACUAGGCUUCAAGGAAAACGACGUGAUCACGCUUAUCAACAAGGUAGAUGACAACUGGUUCGAGGGCUCCGUCAACGGCAAGACAGGCUACUUCCCCAUCAGCUACGUGCAAGUUACCGUUCCACUUCCCAACAUGUAAACGCUCCCUUUGAUGCAACACCGUACUUCGUAUUUCAUACUGAUUGGCUUAUUGUUCUAUAACCAUAGACUAAUUUGUUUGUUUUUUUUUGGAGAAUGAGGCAAAAGUCUAAGUAAUACAGAACGUAAAGUAUUGUACGUCAUAAGUAGCUUUUUGCUUUUACUUUUAGUAAAUCUAAAUAAAGAACGAUUCGUGCUAAAAUAGAAGGGUCAGACUCAGAUAUCUUAAUUGAUACUUAUAAUUAUUGUAUCUAAGCUUGCAUACAUUCCCAAAGUUUAAUACAAAAUACUAAACUGAUGGAUCUUUGAUAUAAUGUGGUAUGACAGAUAAUUAAUCUUUGUUAAAGCCAUGAAUUUUCGUUGUAAAGCCUUGAGCUGAUCACUUACCGGCCGUAUUAUUGAAGUUGUAAAAACAGUUUUGAAACAAAGGCCUAAUAAUUUAUAGUACGAAGGUAUAUCGAUGCAUAGUUAUGCCAAAGAGUAAUUUUAUAUCAUGACGCAUCCAAAAAUUAUGGAUAAUAAAUUUUAUAGGUAGGUAUAAUGCUCUCUACAAAAUCUUCGUGUACGUCAUUUGCUUAACUUGAGAUAGACGUGAUCUUUAAUUUUAUAGGCGUAAAGUAAUAUUAAAAAAUGUAAACACUAAUUUACUAUCAUUACCCAGAAGGUGAUUACUCUGAACCAUGUAUACGAAUGAUUAGCAGCAAGGUUAAUUUGAAAAAAUUGCUUUUGUACCAUAUAGUCUUGCCUAACAGCGCAAAUCGAUCGACAUUCAUGUUUAAGAAACAUUGAUCCAUAUUCUGAACGAACCAAUGACGAAAUGGGAUUUGGGGUUCAAAUUUAACCUUUAAUCUUUCGUCUGUGCAUUAAACACGUUAACCCGUUGGCUAAAAUGGGCAAGAACUUAGAGCUGUAAAGGCUAGUUUAAAAAACUACUUCGGAAAAUAUUGAAAUUUGUAUCAAAACAAUAUAAAAUAAAGAAUGUCAGAGCGGAAAAAUCGUGCGUAUUACAUAUUAUAGUUCUCGUGGUCGUUUUACUCUAGGACUGACUGACGGACAACGACGAUCGACGGACUUACUAUGAUAAGAAUAAACUGAAGACAUGGCUGUAUGGUGUAAUAUCUUUGCCUUUUCCGUAAAAGAAUAUUUAAAGCUUAAAAAAUAUAAUGUCAGCGUAAAUUAAAAAAGUAAUGUUCCAUAGUUAUAUAAUGGUUCUAAGUUUAAAAUUCACAUCUCGUUUGUGAGAGAAGUAAAAGGCAGCAUUGAGACAUUCGUUUGUUGGAUGACGUUGCAUUCUGUAGGGGAUUUAUGUAUAUUUAUUUUAAUACUUGUAUGCGAUCAGACGAAAUGCGGUGUUGCUUUAUCUUAAUAUUGUUACAUCAUGUCGCAGUAUUAUAUAGACGACUUACACGUAAUUCGAAUCUGUAACGGUGUCAAAAGCUCAAUGUUGUAGUUAUGAAAUAUUUUACCCCCUUUACAUAUUGUACCAGAUAAAAUAAAUAAAUUUAAAAUUAUUACCAUCGACUCCAUAUUACAUUUUUGCUUAUGAGUUGUACCCGGUCUUCCAUUUCAUUUAGUAUUUCUACUUGUGACUACAAACGCUUCUAUAUAAAUAAAUGCUAAGCAUGCCUUUGGUAUUGGAUGACGUUAGAUUAUAACAGAAAUAUUCAAAAUUGGCCUAGUUUGUUUACAUAGAAGUGUCUUGUCAAUAAUUUUGAAUUUCAAGCCAUUCCUAACAUUAAAUAUUUUAGUAAAUCUCUUAUUUGUGAGGAGGGUUUACUAAUUGCAUUUUAUACACAAAUAAUGAAAUACAUAUUACAAAGAAUUUAAUUAAGAUUUUAUCAUGCUUUUAUUCUUGUAUUUUGCGAUAUAUUUAUGAUUAUGGACGUAUUAUACGUGAUCUCCUAAUUAUUGUUAGACAGCAAUGUCAAAAAAUAUUUUGAGGAAAGAUCAAUUUGCUGGAGGCAAAUAUACCUACCGACCUAAAAUCAAAUUAUGAAGAAGUUGUUAAAAGUUUUAUUUGGCUGUUUCAGCAUUAAAGAGAUAAUUUUACAUCUAAUAAGUACCAUAUUAGAUGUAAAAUUAUCAUAUACAAUUUUGUUGUUUGGAGCGAAAUAAACUAAACAAUCUAAUAAACUAAACUAAACUUAGUGUAUUCCGCUCCAAACAACAAAACUAUAUAUUACGAAAAUUUCACACCUAAUAAGUACCAUAUUAGAUGUAAAAUGAUCAUGUAUAGUUUUGUUGUUUGAAGCGAAAUAAACUAAAUAUUGGUUUUAGAAUUUUUUUCGUAUUUAUUACCCUCCAACGAAAGUGCGUGUGCGUUAUAUUUUAUUUGUGACGUCAUAAACUAGAUAUUAUGAGAUUAGAUUGUAUAGUUAUUACAGCGGGUAAUUAUUUUAUGUAAAUGGAGAAAUGUAUCAAUGUAAGGUAUGUUAUACUCGAAACAGGAAGCGAGGGAAGAGUUGUUAAAUCUUGCCAGAUGUUUAUGGCAUUUUGAUGUUCGAUGUAUUAUUGGAAAGUUAUAAAUAUUAUAUAUAGGUGAUGUAACGAGUACAGGUAUUAUUAUUGUUUAGUUAUUGAAAUUGUCAAAUAUUGAGUAAUAUUAGUGUUCCUAAUUAAACACUACAGAUAAACUAUAGGUACACACCAAAUUAACACGUAUCUGUAUACGUAACGUAAAAAUCUACUAAAUAUUCAAUGUGUAAACAAAAAAACUAUUUUUUUGAUAAUUUUUCAAAGUAAAUCCUUGUCAAGUUAUCAUUCCACUGAAUGGACAUUACAACAUAUUUAGUAAUAAUUAGGUACCUACAGUAUUUAUAUUUAUUAAUAUGGCGUAACUAUGUCGAUUGCCGAUAUCUAUACCUCACCCUAACAAGGAAAUGAUAAACCACCGCUUAGUAGUAAAGAAAUGCUUUUAUUUACAUUAUAUUAGGUAUAUUAUUAGGUUUUUUUACAAUUCCAUAAAUAUUAAAGAUUUAAUGAACUUGAUGGUGCGUAUUUGACUUGUAUUUUAAAGUAUUAAAAGUAAUAGUAAUCUUUGUGAAAGAGUUUGUUUAGGGUUCCACUACCAACAUUCUAAUAAUUAUUACUUGUGCCUCAGUUUUAAGGCAUAAGAUUUAUUUGCAGGGCCAAAGUGAAGAACAUAUUUGUUGGCGUGCGUGACUUGUAAUAUGAACAUCUAUACUUGAUUAUACAAUUCGCUUCAAAUAACUUUGUGUGUAUUAUAUAAAACAGUAUUCAUCGUAGCAAGAUUACAAGUCAGCUUACGGCCGUUUUUAAUAACCAAUCUAUCCGUCAUUUCGGUACUAAAGUUAAGAAAAUCUAUCUUUCUGUUCUUAUCUGCUUUUCAAUAACCUACUGACGGAUAGUUUGACAGUUACUGAUAAUCGAGGAUAGCUAUCUAUCAGUUAUCUUGGGUAGGUCAUUGAAAACGGCCGUUAAACAACAGAGCAUUCUUCGAAAAAAAUUAAAAAAUCUGUACUCGUUACAGCAUCUAUAACACUAUGAUAUAAAGUCAUUGUGAUAAUGUUAGAUAUCGUGCAGUAAAGUUGGUGCAGCGUCCGUCGUCGUCGCAUUAUUACGUUUUUAUCCGAUUUAGUUAAUAUUUUAGUAAAUAGUUUCCUCGUUAAGUUAGCAUAAUAAUUUCCUUAGUCAUAUUUUUAAUUUAUAAAUAAACAAUUGUCGAUAUAACGAUAUUUGAUUAGAUAUUUACUAUAUUGUGGCCUCUAAUUAAUAGUGUCGUUAAUGUAUUUCCAUAAUAAAUGCAUGCACUUAUGAUUAAAAAAAAAAAUGAUUAAAUUGUCACAUUUCACUUUAUCCUAAUAUCGGUGUUGCAGUAAUAUUGAAAAUAUUUUUUCUAAUAAUAUCACCAUUUUAGUCGUAAAUAUACGGACCCCGAUGUAUAACAUUUCAAACAUACAAAAGACAAUACCUAGAUCUAAUGUUAGUUGUAUGUAAUAUACCGAGAAGGCGUGAGCGAUUUGGACUAACUAUUUAGAUUGAAUGAUUAUAAUGACUUAAUAAAUAAGUUUCAUGAAAAAUUGUUUUCAGUUUUCAUGGAGAACAUUUCUAAAACAGUUUUUAAAACCAAAGUAAACAUAGAAAUACAUUUUGUUGGAGUUAUAGAAAUUAAAACAUUUAUUUUAUUAAAUUUAUACCUUUAAAUUGAAUUAUUUUUAGGUACCUACCUUAAUUUACAGUUUAACAUACCUAAGCAUAAAUUAUUUAUCUUUCAAAUUUUGAGCUAAGUAUAGUCAAACAGUUUUCGAAAUCGCCUGCGCUUACUCGGGUCAUAAGUUCAUAAAUUAAUAAUUGUUCUAUCUUCAAAUGUCUCUUAUAUUAUAUGUAAGUGUCUUGAGCAAAUAUAUAUAAAUAUUCAUCGGUGUCACUUUAUGAGAACGUCUAAUAGUGUGUUUCACGGCACUCAACUAAUGGGCACCUUAGGGGGGAAUCCCUCAUGGUAAAUAGAAUUUACAAAAAAAACUUGACUUGAUUGAUAAAACUUCAGGUCUAAUAGCCUUAUCGUUUUAUUUUUAAAGUUGUGUAAAAAAAAGAUGCAUAGAGAGUGGAACAAAGAUGUAUGUAACUAGGGUUGCCAACAUUUUUUCAGAAAAACAUAGUAUUUUUCAGAUUUAAGUUGAAAAAAAUAUAGAAAAUAUAGUAUUUUUAUGGAAUUAAGUAGCAAUUCAAUUCAAAUAGUGAAGGAAUACGCAAAAAAUAGACAAAGAUAUUUGUUGUUUACUUAUUUUUAUAAGAUCUAUAUUUAUUGGCACUUAGCAUCUCUUGCAUUUUUCCAGAAUAUUUGUCUAAAAUAAGAGUACACAUUUCUUUAACAUUUAAUUUUAAAAUUAAUGAAAACUUAACUUAACAUUAAAUUAGACACGUUAGACACGUUACUCUACAGACAAUUGCUUCAAUCGAAAAUUAAUAAAAAAAAAUAGUAAUACUAAUAGUAUUUUUGCGUAUUAUUUAUUUUUUCAACAGUAACUAUUACGCAGACCCUGUACGGUUGGCAACCCUAUAUGUAACACCCGCUUACUUACUAUACGUAUUGUAAUAUUGUUACACUUUUCCCCGUCGAUUUAUACCUAUUAUGAUAUAUAUAUAUUUCUCUAUGACAUUGUCAUUGUCUAUGCAUCUAUGCUGUCGGGUAUCACAAACCGUUGAUUUUUGAGACCCAGCCAACGCAGUGAUGUGUUAAUAUGGUGCCCAUAAUUCUGCAACAUGAUAUGACUGAUGAACACGAAUGAUGAUUAUGUCUUCAAUAUUCUGUUUAUAUACAAGCAUUUCUUAUAUUUAAGCAGAAUAUUACAACAUGUACAAUUAUAAUGCAACUAUAGUUACCUGAAUCGGAAGAUUUCAUACAAUGGCACCUGCUUAAAAUGUUAAUUACUGUUGGCGCGAACGUUUUUGGUGUGAUGUAUAGGUAUUUAUCAGGUAAAUGUAUUCUUGUUCAUGUUACUGUAAUUUUAAAUAAAUACUACUGUAAUUGGAUAGAUAAAUUGACAAUUUAAAAGAUGUGACACAUUAAUUUGUAUUAAAAUUUAUCCUGAACUUAUUGCUCGUUUUGCCUCCUAAUAAAAUGUUACAAUUAA